AUGACAAAUCAAUCUGAUGAAAAAUCUGACAUAGAAACAGUUGAAGAAGUUGAACCAAAACUUAAAUAUGUUCGUCUCACUAAUGACGUUCAAACUAUUUUAACUAAAGACGGUGUUAGUUAUCUUGCUGCUCAUCCCAAGUUCUUGUGUAUUGGUACUAAUUGGGGUUCUAUUCAUUUAUUGGAUUUUGAAGGUAACAUUGUGAAUAAUCGGCAACUACGUCCACAUACUGUAGCAGUUAAUCAAAUAAGUAUAGAUAGUCGUGGUGAAUUCAUUGCCACUUGUUCUGAUGAUGGUAAUGUAUUUGUUUAUGGUCUUUACACGACAGAAGAUUCUCAAGAGGUCUCAUUAGGUCGUUGUGUAAAGUCUGUCGCAAUAGACCCGUUAUACCAUAAAUCUGGCAAUUAUCGGCGUUUCAUUACUGGAGAUGAUCGUCUUAUGCUUCACGAGCGAACAUUUCUCGGACGUACAAAAUCUGUAGUUUUGUGUGAUGUUGAAGGAGUUGUACAUAAUAUGAGGUGGCAUAAUCGUUUUGUGGCUUGGGCUUCAAAUAUAGGUCUCAGAGUAUAUGAUAUAAUAUCUCGAUGCUCACUAGGCCUUAUUAAAUGGGAUAAAAGAAACAACAUAAUACCUAGUACAUACAGAUGCAACUUGACGUGGAAGGAUAGUGGAACAUUACUUGUUGGUUGGGUUGACACAGUAAGGAUUUGUGGUGUUAAACGUCGAUUACAAAGACUUAAGGACGUUCCUGAAUACAUAGUAGAACCACUGUCUAUGUUUCGUAUUGAUUACUUUAUUUCCGGUAUUGGACCACUUAAUCAUAACCAAUUAGUAAUAUUAUGCUAUUCAAAAGAAAAAGACGAAAACGAAAAAGCGAUGAGACCACAAUUAUAUGUAGUAGAAGCAAAAGAAUCAAAGUACGUUGAGCUGUGUACUGAUAACUUGUCUUUACGUGAUUUUCAAGAUUUUGGUUGUAACGAUUAUGCUCUCGAAAGUUUAGUCGUGGAAAAUCUAUUCGUCAUUGUUAGUCCAAAAGAUAUAGUUGUGGCAAAUCCGUGUGAUGCGGAUGACAGAAUUGAAUGGCUUAUUGAACAUAACAAAUAUGCCGAAGCCAUGGAAAUAGUAAAUUCUAAAAAUAUAGUUUUAAAUCGAAAUUCCCGAAUAUCUGUGGGUAAAAAAUUUUUAGACCAUUUAUUAUUCGUUGAAGAAUAUGUUGAGGCUGGACAGCUGACGGCUGAACUUUUCGGAAACGAUAAAAAACUUUGGCAAGAAGAAAUAUUUAAAUUUGCCCAAGUUCAUCAACUUCGUCAAGUAAGUGCUUACAUACCAAGGGGUGAAGUAACUCUAGAUCCUCACAUUUAUGAAAUGGUAUUAUACGAGUACUUAAAACUGGAACCCGAAGGAUUUUUGAAAAUCGUAAAACAAUGGUCGCCAUCACUGUACAAUGUGUCUGCUGUUACAAACGCUCUAAUUGAACAUUUAAUAGUAAACUCGAGUUCGGAACUAUUAGAAGCUUUGGCUAUUCUGUACACUCAUUCCGGAAAGUUCGAUAAAGCGUUAGGGGCGUACUUGAAGCUGAACCAUAAAGGUAUAUUCCAGUUGAUUACCAAACAAAAUUUGUAUCCGCUAAUACACAACAUGAUCGAAGAUCUGAUGCAGUUGGACUGCGAGCAGACGAUCAAGAUACUUUUGGAGAAGGACACCGUUCCCAUUGACGUGGCCGUGGCGAAGUUACAGGACAACAGACUCUACCUGUACACGUAUUUGGACGCCCUGGAGAAAAAAGACACAAGGAUGUUGGCUAGGCGGAACUUGCACAAGGACUUGGUGUCACUGUACGCGGAAUUCGCGCGAGAGAAGCUGUUGCCGCUACUGAAGCGGAGCGACAAUUAUUCCAUCGCCUUGGCGCUGGAAGAAUGCAAGCGAUUAGAGUACUAUCCUGAAAUGGUGUACCUGUUGGGUCGGAUGGGCAACACCAAGGACGCGCUGAACCUGGUCAUGUCGCAACUGCAGGACAUCGAGCAGGCCAUCGAGUUCUGCAAGGACCAAAACGACGCCGACCUUUGGCAUGACCUAAUCGGCUUGUCCUUGGACCAGCCGAACUUUCUCAAAGUGCUAUUGCGGAAAAUCGGCACGUACGUGGACCCACGAAUUCUGAUCCGCCGGAUUGGUAAGCGGACACAGAUACCGGGGCUGAAAGACGCGCUCGUCAAGAUGAUGACCGACUACAAUCUGCAGGUGUCCGUGGAAGACGGAUGCGCAAAAAUCGUCGUUUCCGACUGUUUCGACCUGCACGAGCGGCUGUACAACGUCAGGAGGAAAGGGUGUGGAGUAGACGAUCAGCACUUAUGUAGCGCUUGCCAAAAGUGCAUCGUCGGCCAGGACACCGUGGGAAACGCACUGAUAUUCUACUGUCAACACGUGUUUCACGAGGAGUGCAUACCUGCGGACGGGUUGGAGAUGGCGUGCAUAAUUUGCACGGACAGCCGAACGAAACAGGCGGCGUUCCAAUGA